AACUAUGGAGCAAUACCUACAUUAUUUGCCAGUACCUAUGAUCGAAACCGAAGAUUGCAACUCCACCAAACAUUACAAUGGCAAAAUGAAUUCUGAUAAGAUAUGUGCAGGAUAUAUGGACUCUGAAAAAACACCAUGCUAUAACGAUGAAGGAGCCCCGCUGAUGUGUUUCUCGGACACAACGGCAUUGUGGGAGCUUCACGGUUUGCUCAGCCAUCACGAUAAUUGUGGCAGCAACAAACAUCCUGCUGUUUACACGACAGUCAACUCUAAUUUGAGAUUGUGGAUUGCCAAUACCAUAGGCAGACAGGCGUUGAACGUACCAUAAAUUGAUUCAGCGGAGUAAAAUGGCGAACAAAACUAUUUUUAUAAAACACGAAGAGUAUAUAUAACUGUAGAUAAUGAUCAAUAUGAUUGAUGUUUUUAAAUAGUUUUUCAAUCAGCUUCUGUUAUGUAUUCUAAUGAACAAAUUACUGUUAUUAUUUACUUGUUAUCGUCUAGCGCCAGGAUGAUUGAUUUAAUGUAGCACCAAAGAAAAUUUUUUGACCUGAUUUAUCGGUGCAUAGGCCGCUUUAUUUGUCACAUCUGUGUCCUAUCGACCGCAUUUGUUAGCAAAAUUCGUCAGUUUUAUGCCGAAAACAAUGUAAAUUCCUCAUUUGUUCUGAUUCGGUGCCAUAUUUUAGCACACUCUUUGAUACUGAUGAUAAAUUUUGCAAAAUGAAUUUGUAAAUGUACGAUUUAUGGUGCUACUUUUGUUGACUGGUUGUAGAGGUACAUGAUUGGUGGAUUUGAGACAGACAUCUGAAUUUUCCAUAAAAGACUUGAAAUGGCUAAAGUGGCUAUUUUGUUAUUUUCCAAAUAAUAACUUUCAAUACAUUAUUCUGUCAAUUUUAAUAAUUGAUUCAGAAAUAUAAUA